AUUUUCAUGACCUUAAACAACUACAAUGCAUAGCCAUUAAUUUCCUGAAGAAUUAUAUCUGCAACUGCAACUUCUUUGUAAGUUUGCAUCGUCUCCCUUGAGUUUGAUAUUUACAGAUUGCUGAAAGUGAAAAUGAAGGAAACUGUUCUGGCAAUGAGCUUUCUUUUUCUGCUGAUUUCAUUAACAAAUGUGGAUGGAAGGUCUUGGUCUGAGUCCAGGCACAGUAACAAAGAGAAGUUUUCAGCACAUUUGGGUUUGUUUGAAGAGAUUGGAAUGCUCUCCAUGGAAGCCUGCAAAAUUCUGCCUUCUGAACUGAAGUCAAAGUGCCUAGAUACAUCUGAAGCAUAUGUGCAUAGAACAACAUUGGCUCUGAGAGGACAAGUUGAUGAAGAAAUACUAUGCAACCGCACCGGUCUGUGCUUCAUGAAAUCAGUGACAGAUGAGCGAACCUGUGCAACUUGCCGUCGAUCUGUCAGGGAUCUUUUCUAUCAGCUCAAGCAAUCAAGAAUAAGGAUGCGAGUGAUGGAUGCUCUUCUGGAGUAUUGUGAAGAAAUAGAAGAUCAAGAAGAACAAUGCAAAGAAACAGUUUACAAGUUCGCCCCUCUGGUGCUGGGCCAACUGGAGAAACUGAAGACAAGUGAUGUCUGUCGCAUUAUUGGCUUCUGUGAUGAGGGGAUAUCCAUUUGAGCUGGCUUGAGUGCAGAGAAUGAAUGAUAUGAAAUUUUCUAUUUAUGAGUGCGAUCGAUCUAAAUAAUGAGGAUAAUGUUUCUGCUAUUGAAAAAAAUCUUAAAUAAUAUUAUUGCUGGUAUAUUUUUGUAGUGAUAUAUUAUCAAGAAAUAAAAAUGUAGAAGCUAUUUAUAUUGUAGAACUGAAGA